GCCUGUGUUUUCUGUAGGUGAUAUACUCAGCAGUCCUGAGUGUAGGAACAUGGCAGUUGGUGAUGAGCAGUUGCGCCUGGGCUGCGUGCCUGAGGCCACUGCCCUCCUUCACUCUUGGCCCCUUCCAGGAGCUGCUGCUGGAGUUUGAAUCUGCAAUGCAGAGAAGGGAGCAGGAGUUGCAGCUGAGGGCCAACGACAUGAGCAAGGUGGUCCUGACCCACGAGCUCAAGGUAAAACUACUGAACAAAGAGCUGCAGGCUCUGAGGGAAGCUGGAGCACAGGCAACGGAGAGGCUGCAGAAGGCAGAAACAGAGCAGGUGGAGUUAGAGAGGAAGCUACGUGGCCACGCCCAGGAGCUGCAGGACCUGGAGGCUGUGAAGGAUGCUCGGAUAAAGGAGCUGGAAGGGAAGCUUCACUCGGCUCAGCUGGCCAGGAGGAGAGCCGAGGACUCGUGCAGGAGGAAGUGA